AUGAAUAAUUCUUACACAGAGACUGCUUUGUUAUUACAAACCGAUGCAGUUUUGAAAGAAUCUGUAACAGAGAAAAGUGUCCAUGCUAAGCGUAUUUAUCAAAGAGCAGUCUUAAAUAAUGAAGUUGUAAAAAUCCAUCCUUCUAUUCAAGUUGGAAACAUUGUACCCAAUUGUGGACGUCACAAGGCUUGUGAUGAAAAUUCGUUUUCUGUUCAUAUUUAUACAGGGAAAGAUCACAGUGAUGAACCUAGACUUUGUAUUGAUGGGAAAUAUGUUCUAGGGAAAGACUUGAACGAGGCUGGAAGAGGCAUAAAUGUAGUAGUAAUGGACAAUAUGACAAAAACAGUUACUCGUACUGGUCAUUUUGAUACAUACGAGAGAGAUUCAACACCUCUUGAAACAUUUUUACUUACUUUGCGACCCGGGGAAAUCAUAUUUCUUCUCACUUUUGAUGAAUCUUCUAGAAGAAUGUCUCGAGUUGCCAGAUUGUUGUUAUAUGAUCUUGGUAGUGCCUUAAUCCAAAGUUUAAGCUACAGGGGAAGUUGGUACUUAAUUACACAAAAAGGAACCUCUGGAUUCUCACCAUUUGAAGAUUUGCAUGUUGUUGAAAAAAGUGGUUGGCCGGAGCACCAUGAUGCAAAGUUUUGUGUACCUUUUGAAAUCAAAGGAAGAAUUGUUCAUCCUGAUCCUGCACCGUUACAUAAUAAACAACGAGUGGAAUUUUGCGAAAUUAAUGAAAAUGUUGACUUUCCCCUUUUUUGUGAUGCUGAUGUAGUGAAUGAUCCUUUGUAUCCCGCUCCUAUCUGGAAACAACCAUCUGCAAUCAGUAAAAUCUAUGAUGUUCCAAUUCUUGUGAUGAGUGGCUCUGAUAUUCAGUAUUUGCCAUUAACUUUAGAAACUUUGAUUCGUCAGCCUGGAAUUAAACCAGGAAAUGUUGCAGUGUUUCGUCUGGAAAAGAAUACGAUAGUUUCAAACUUAGCCGAACUAUUUGGAUAUACUAUUGAAACCAUCUAUGAAAACCAAACUUACUGUGAUCGUGUCGCUGAAGCUUUUGAAAUUGCUAGUGCAGUUUUUGGAGACAAAAAGCAUUUUUUGUUCAUCGGAGAAAAUGCUAUCAUGGCUCCUGAUUUCCUUUAUUUUAUGGGACAAUGCUUAUCUAUAAUGAAUAUUGAUGAAUCUAUAGCUGCAGUUUCAGCUUUAAAUGAAAAUGGAUUCAGGACUGUAUCUGGUGACCCUUCUCUUGCAUAUCGAGUGGAAUCAUUUACCAGCCUUGCAGUUUUAGUGAAAUGGAACUUCAUUACAAAAUCUUCCUGUAGCAAUCGCUCUGCAAUUGAUCCAUUAUAUCUUUCAACCAAAAUUACUGGGGAUGUCCUAGUGCCAGAUGUAUCACGGGUCACACUUGCAGCUCCGAUGUCUGGUGCACACUCAGAUGUUUCUCUUACUCAUCUUUCUUAUGACAGAACAAUAACAUAUGAACAAAACAUUCCACUCAGAAACCCUGAACGAUUGUAUUUAGAAGAUUAUGAACGGGAAUUGCAGACGAUGCUGAUGACAGCUGUUCCACUUGAAUUUGACGCAGUUUCUUUGCAACAGUGCAUGAAUAACAGUGGAGAAUUCCGUCAGAAACUGUAUGAAAAUCUUCCACUAUUUAUUACUAAUGCUACCGACUUAUCUUCCCAAACAUUUGUGGUCUACUUCUAUGAAGAAAAAGAUUCAGAUACGUCAACAAUUAGACACUUGACUAAAUGUUUUAAUUUGUUUCACCAUCCUCAGUAUCCAGUAAGAGGCAUGUUCAGGCACAUUUUACGAUUCAUGCUAAAAGAGAAACAAAUUAUGAUGGUUGGAUCAAAAUCGCCAUUUUUUCACUUUAAACCACCUAGAACUCCUGUUCUCAUGCUAGAUCACCAAUUUCGAACACUUGUAAAUGUUUUCCUAUGACACAAUUUUACUCGAAUAUUGUCAUUUUAAAUCUUCCAUUGUCAUUCUUUAUUUCGAGGCAAGGAAUUUUUGAGCCAGAAAAUGAAGAUUCUUUUAGAGAAAAACUUGUAGCAAUUGGUUUUUAAGGGAAAAUUAUUGAUAAUUUUAAUUGCAUAGAACAUGUGCAAAUCCUCAAAUGAAGCUUUUAUAUAUUGUGGAGUGCCUGCAUAGAUGUUAUAGUGUUACAAAAAUAUUUUUUUUUUUGAUUCAUUUUAAAUUGGAAUUACAGUAGGCGCCACUUAAUGUGAUCACGGUUAAUGUUAUCAUUCGCUUAAUGUUAUCAGAAUCACGAAGUCCUGGAACACUUGUAUGCUAACACACGUUAAAAAAGUCGGACAUUGUAAUCAGCAUCUUCGUUUAUUGUUAUCACUUUUCCCCCCUUUUUGGUUCCUCAAUUAACAGAAAUACAUAGGUAAACCCUGACGAGACUAACUUCUUGUGUAGCAUUUUGUGGUUUUCAAUAGCAGUUCAAAAUUUUUCUAGGAAUGAAGUUACAGAAAGUUCGCCCCCAGUGACCACAGACUCCCCCUAAAAAAAUUCAGUCACUGGAUCUGUUGCAAGCAUUGAUGUAGGACCUCCAUUGUUGCCAUUACUUUGUAAACUAUUAAAGAAUUGUGUCGAGAUUGAAAACAAAGCAAAGUUAAAUUACAAUUUAAACAAGCAAAACCAUGCUGGAAAAGAUAGAAAAGCUAAAUGUGCUUUGAAACUGGUUUACGAAUGUCAGGGAAAACGGUCAUAUUUUACUUCACCUAUUACUAUAUGAUUAAAAAUUGUAUAAUUUAACUUUUUAUAAUUCAGAUAUUUCCAUUCUGUUAAUUUAAUAAUUUAUAAUUUAAAACUGCGUUCAGUUGAAUCAUUGUGAUUUUAAUUUGAGGUUGCCAAAAUAAAUGCACUUAAUUCGAAAAAAAAUCACUAUUUUGUGUCUCCUGAAUUCUUUUCGUUUAUUGCUAUCAGUCGGUUAUUGUUAUCAAAUUAUAUUUGUCCCAAAGUUAUCACAUUAAGCGGCGCCUACUGUAUAUAAAAUGAUCUAUUUCUCGUAGUGCAAUAUAUUUUUGAAGUUACACUUCUUGCUGCUUCUUCGUAAUAUUUAAAACGGAAUGGGAUUUACCAGAGGUAGAAUGAUGUGUUGAAUUUGUGCAAGCAAAUCUUUACCUGUCAGAAGGAAAAGACUUGUACUUCAGAAUAAACUGUUAAAAAUUAUUUGAUAUAGAGUGGAAUAGUAGUAAAUUAUGGAAAUAAAGAUAAUCUUUUGGGGAAAAGAAAGAGCUUUACAUUUUAGUUGAGCUGAAUUAUUUUAAUUCUUGCUUAACUUGCUUCCCCCCCCCCUCAGGAUUUUUUUUACUAAGUAUUAUAAUGUAUUAUUUUGAAAUUUUGUGUAUGAUACAUACUGUGAUCUGAAAAUUCACCAUGAUCUGAAAACUAUUAGUGUGAAGUGGUUUUUGUUAAAUUGAGUGGAAUCAUUGAUUAAAAAUAACUCCAUGACAAUUUUUGGCUACAAGUGACAUUUACUGAAUCUAUAAGAAGAUUUGACAAUUUUCAGAAUGUUUCCAAAGAUUUAUCACUAGUAAAUAUAUGAAUUAAUUAGUUUUAUUGCGAAUAGAUGAACCAUGCAGCCAGUCAGUUGAUUUGUAAGUUCAGUUCUGUUGGAACUCACAAUUUUAGAAAGAACUUAAACAUCAAAGAACAAAUUACCUUAAAAAAAAAAAAAAGAAAAAAAAAAAACAACAACUAUAGAUUUUAAUUUAUAAUUCAAAAAGUGUUUAAAAUAAUUCUGAAUGUUUAACAGAAAUAUUUAGCAAGCUUUGGAUCAACUUUUUUUCUUGAAAAAAAUCGCAAAGAGAAACAUUAGAUCAUAGAUGGAAAUUUAAGAGCAGUUACUGGUGAACAAUAUCAUGAUUUUUGGGAAAUCAUAACCUGAAUCAUCCUUAAUUUAACCUUCACAUAAAUGUUUUUAUUUUUUGCAUUUAUAUUAUUGUUAUAAAAAUUAAAAAAUGUUCUAAUUUAGAUUAAUCUAUGCCAAUUUUGGUUGCUUUUUUGAAAAUAUGCAAAAAAAUUGAACAUUGCAAAAAUAAAAAAAGUUCUGAUUUUUAUUUUGGCUCAAAGACGAAUAAAGGUACUUAACACUUUUUAAAGGAAUGCUGUGAAAAAAUGAUAAAUUGUGAAAAAAAAAAAAAAUCCCUUCAAUAUUUGAAUAAAGACCAUCAAGUGUGUUUAUUUUUUCCCAUAAUUUUUUUUAAAGCUAUUUUCUGUCUUUAGUGUUCCCUAAAAAGAAAGUUGGGAAAAGUUAGCUUUUUGAUAAUCAACAUUACUAUCAAUUCAAAUAUUCCUUUAUCUCAAGUUUUCAUUGGGUUCCAGACUCAUGGGAAGUUCCCACAGCUUUCUCAAAACUCUUAGGUUUUAGCUGGUCUCUUGGGAAUUAGAGGAGUGAGUAGUUUGGAACUAAGCAAUUCUAGACUAUUUAAGGUACUUAAAAAUCUUUUAAAGAAAUUAAUACUAGUAGCUUACCCAUGAGCCAUUUAUGCUGCAUUAUUUAGCUUUAAAAAUUUUUUUUUUCGGGAAACUUAUAUUUAUUUUUUAAAAAAUUAACUCCUUUUGAAUCAAGAUAAGUAUUACUUUCAUGCAGUAAAACAGAUUUAUUUUGCUGGUUUGUAUCCUGCUAGUAUUUUUAUGAUAUUUUAUCUUAAUUUUAAACUUUUUUUCAAAAAAUCAAAUUAAAAAAAGAUAGAAAAAAGGUAUUAAAUAUCAUUAAACAAUUAAGAUUCUAUUUAGUUGUAAAAAUGCUUUCAAAUUUAAGUGCAAAAAUUUGAGGAAAUAGUAAUUGAAUAUUUCUUAAAAUAAUUAAUAUUUCUCGUGGUAUAUUUGUUCAGGGAAGGAACUCUGAAUUUAGCUAACUUGUGUACUUGAUUGAAAUAAUUAAAUGAAACUUGGAUCAUUUGAAAAGUUCUUAACUGGUUGAUUGUCGCAAUUGUUUAAAAAAAAAUAUUAUGAAUAACCAAGUCAAUCAUAUUCUAUUCAUUUUUAUUAGGCUUUUUUGUAUUGUUAUGUGUUUUUUCUAGUCUAGUUUGCAUUUAGUCAACUUGCUGGACAAGUGCCUGUUUUCACCCACUAGAAAUUCGGUGAGGUGAAACUGUGAUCUCAAAAGAAGUUAUACUACUUACUGAAAUUAUAAGCACCAAGUGUAUAUUGACAUGUUUAUUUUAUUAUUCAAGUGCUAGAAAAAAUGACUUCCCCUAUAUUUUCAUGUUAUUUGGUGCAGUUAUAUUUUGGUAGACCAACAGUAAAAGUUUGUUAUGUUAUGUAAAUUUGUUAUUUAUUCUACUGAAAUUAAGGUAAAUGAAAGGUUUAGUAAAAUUAGUGCAAACAUUAUUAUAUUGGAAUUGAGAUACAUUUUGAAUUGAAUACAUGUAUCAGCAAGAAGUAAAGGUGUGCAAGUGGCAAAGAUUUUAAGUAAAACAAUUCCAAGGUCUGAAUUGUAUAAGAAUUUUCAUUUAUUAGGGGGACUAGAAAGUAAUGUCAUUUUUACAAACAAAUUUUUAAAAAAGUUAUAUUUUUAAUUAAUAGCUCACCUCAUUAUUAAUAGCUUUUUGCAAUAUAAGGAGCAAUUUUUCAAUUCUGGAUCAAUAAAAUUAAUUGGUUUUGGAAUAAACUUGCCCGACAUUGCACCAUCUGAUCUCCUUUUAUUCUAGUCACUAUGUGACAAACAACUUGAAAAUUAAGCUGAUGGGCAAAAUGCCAUCUCCAGAUAUUUUGAUCCAAAACCAAUUGAUUUUUUAUCAAUCUGGAAGUGAAAAGUUGCACACUAGAUGGCAAAAGGUUGUUGAUAACAAGUGUAAAUACUUGAUUGAUUAAAAAUUAGAACUUUGUUACAUUUAUGGUUUGAAAAAAAAUGACAUUAUUUUAUCCCUAAUAGUAUUAUUUUUGAAUCUCGCUAGAUAGCAGCAUCGAUCAGUACUACUGCUAACAUCUCUCGCUGCAAUAGCAAGUUCGCGUAUCGCUUAUCACUUGCAUUACUUCUCUGAAUUUUCAUUUUUGUAACAUGAACCUUUUUGCUUCUAUAUGCCUCAAAUAAGAUAAAUUUUUGUCACAUGAACCCCUUUGACCCCUAAAAUAAUAUAAAUAAAAUGCUUCAUUUCCGUCACAUCUUUCUAGUUAUACUCCUGCUUUUACUCUCUUAUGGUCAAUUUUUAAGCAUCCAGAAAUGUAAAUAGAGAGCUUAUACUUUAUGUACAGAUUUUUUCAUUCAAAAACUAAUUUCACUGUUUGUAUAUUAAAAAUGAAACCCAUUCCUUUGUGCUUACAGCUUUAUACUAAAGAAAUGUUGCUCAGAUAUUUAACUCAUAACUUAACUCUAGAAAGACUGAAAAUUGCUGUAUAUGGAAGUUAAAUGAGGUCAGUUUGGGAUUUCCUAAUUUUUUUGAAUAAUUCAUUUAAAUUUAUUCUUGUGCAAGUCCACGAGACAAAGCAUCUUUUCUAAUGAUUGAAGAAAAGCUAAGUGCAUACUAGUGUACCACAGCGAUAUCUUUACAAAUCCAAACUUUUUCUUUUUUAAAGAUCAAUCCUUGUUAUUCCUCUAGCCACUAUUUUGAGUAGUGUACUUGAAAUUCAAACUGACUGUUUAUACUCAAACUAGACAAAUGGCCUUUUGUCAUGUUACAUUCAUUAAGACAAACAAUUUUUCCAAUUUAUAAUUAAAAGACCCAAGGAGCUCCUCUCACCAUUCUGGAUAUUAAGAUCAAUAUUCAUGCUCUUCCGAGAUUAAUACAUAAAUGAUUAAUAAUGUUCAGUUAAUUUAUUAUUGGAAUGCUGAACCCUAAAAUUAAAGAUACCUCAGGCUGCAGUCUUUCUAGUGUUAAAAUUUAAAUGCAUUAUAGAUUAUAAUAGCUGGAAAACAUUAUUUGUAAGUAAAAUUCAAUUAUCAAAAAUAAAUAAAUUCAACCAUAUAUUAUUUGAAAUAAGUAUACUUAAUUAUUAUUAAUAAUACAUAAAUACAACUUAUUGUUCAUUCCUAAUUUUCAAAGCUCUAGCUUUAGAAUACUUUAAUUGUGCAUCAAAACAAUACCUGAUCCUUUGAAUGUCUUUACAAGGAAUAUAAUUAGGGGCUUGUUUCUUUACCAAAAGCAUCUUUCAUUGAUGGAUUUGCUGGAUGCAUUUUAAUAUGCAUGAUGCUUUAAUUCCAAGAGCUAGUCUAGUAUUACAGCAAAAGUAUUAUAUUUGUAUAUUGUCUUAUUUAUUUGAAAGAUAUGUAUUU